UCAUUUCCUCAAACCACUGGCCCUGGAUUGGUGAACUGCCGGCCCAAGACAUCCUGUGAUACUUCCACCAUGGAUGAGGAAUGGACGUGUGGAACCUGCACAUUCGUCAACAGUGGCGUCCUGGACUACUGCAAUGCAUGUGACACGUCUAAACCACGACAACUACCUGGACUACCUAAUGUGGACAAUCCAGAACCGAUAGGUCCCCGCCAAACAGACCAGCAAAGAGGAGGUGGGUGUGAGUGGUCAGCUGACUGUCCCAUCAUUGAAAGAAGGCUAGUUUUCAUUGGAAGAACUGGGUCAGGAAAAAGUACAACCGGAAGCAGCAUCCUGGGUAAUGCAGCCUUUGAAUCAAGUGCCAGUGGAUCAUCUGUUACCAAAAGGUGCCAGAGAGGGAGAGCUUCCAGAUUUAAUCGGGAUAUUCACAUUAUCGACAGUCCUGGGUUGUUCGAUACAGGUAUGACAAAUGCUGAAAUCACUAAGGAGGUGGUGAAAUGUGUCGGCAUGACAGCUCCUGGUCCUCAUGCCUUUGUCCUCGUUGUCAGGAUUGACCGCUUUACCCAAGAGGAACAGGACACGGUUGCUCAUUUCAGACAGGUCUUCGGAGAUGACAUGUUGAACUAUCUCAUUGUUCUCUUCACCAGGAAAGAUGAUCUAAAUCAUGACAAUAAAUCCCUACAUGAUUACUUAAAGAAAGUACCCGAAAAACUGCAAGCCCUAGUCAAGUCGUGCCGCAAAAGAUGCAUCGCCUUCAACAACAGAGGCUGUGAUGCGGAGAAGGAACAGGAUGUCAAAGACUUCAUCACACUGGUUGACCAGGUGUUCCUUGACAACGGAGGCAAAUGUUACACAAGUGAAAUGUAUGUUGAGGCAGAGAAGAACAUGAAGAUGAGGGAGGAACAGUUGACACAGGAACAUGAACAGAAGAUCCAGGAAGAGAGAAAUGAAAUCAGGCGAGAGUUCGAGCUGAAGCUUCAGAUGAAACACGAUGAAGACGCGGAUAUGAGGAAGCAACUGGAGGAGAGAAUAAAAACACUAGAGAGAGAGAAAGUUGAAGAAGCAGAGAAGAAAGAGGAGAGUGAGAUGGCUGCACUUUCAAAGGAAAUGGAAGAUCUGAAAUUAGCCAUAAAAGAAAUGAAGAUAGGAAAGGAGGCAUCAGAGAGACAGAUGGAGUUUGAGAGUAAGAAGAGAGAGGGGGAAGUCAUUAAGAAACUUGAGGCAGAGAAGCCAGAUUUUCGAGAGGUGGUGAGAAAAGAAGUCAAUGAGGAGAAACCUGGAAUAAUGGGCCUUCUUGGAUCUGCACUGCCAGGAUUCAUUGGAGAUCUUCUCCCACGUAUCAUUCCAGCCGCUGGGAAGGUUUUCAAGAAACUCUUCAAGUGAACGAACUGUUGCGGAGUAAAUGUGAAGAGAUGCCAGACUGCUCAGUUGAGGGCUCUUAUAGCAAGUUAUGUCAUUCACAAAAUUGUGCUUGAAAAUAUCAUUCCAGUAUUCAUGUAAUUCCAAUCAUAAAUGUAACGCUCUAUCCCUUCGAAAUGUUUACAUAUAAAGUUAUGCUUAAGUAAACUAUUUACCUGCUUUUGUAAGACGCUUUGACGCAGACAUAACUUCUUCUUUUAGUAGUUUGUUACCCGAAGUAAUCUUCACUUUAUGAUAGAAGCUCAGUGUCAAUGUGUUAAUAAACUUUCAUUUACUUAC